AUGAUGCAUAUAGUGCAAAUCCUUGAGAAAACCGUCUCACCAGAUCGAGAUGAACUGCUCGCGGCGAAAAACUUCCUGGAACAGGCGGCUUCCACAAACUUACCAGACUUCCUGCGAGCACUUUCUGAUGUGCUGGUGUAUCCGGGCAACUCAACGGUCGCUCGUAUGGCGGCCGGUUUGCAACUAAAGAAUCACCUGACUAGCAAAGACCAAGCGAACAAGCAACAGUAUCAGGAGCGAUGGAGAUCAUUUCCGGAGGAUGUGAAGGAGUACAUAAGAAAAAAUAUCCUUGGAACUCUCGGAACAGAAGAAUCCCGACCAUCGUCAGCAGCGCAGUGCGUUGCGUACGUUGCGGUCGCCGAUCUACCAGUACACCAGUGGCCCGAUCUCAUGCAAAAGCUCGUAGACAAUGUCGUGAACGAAAAGUCGACAGAAGCGCUGCGUGAAUCAACGUUGGAAGCGAUUGGAUACAUUUGUCAGGACAUCAACUCGGAAAUUUUGGAGAACCAGUCAAAUCAGAUCCUUACCGCGAUCAUACACGGUAUGCGCAAGUCGGAACCAUCCAACCAUGUGCGGCUGGCGGCAACAAAUGCGUUGCAUAACUCGCUUGAAUUCACCAAGGCAAACUUCGAGGAGACGGCUGAGCGCAACUAUAUCAUGGAGGUGGUGUGUGAGGCAACGCAAUCGACCGAUACGCAGAUAUGUGUGGCUGCCCUCCAGUGUCUGGUGCGUAUUCUGACACUUUACUACCAACACAUGGAGGCGUAUAUGGCACAGGCCCUCUUCCCGAUCACGCUCGAGGCGAUGAAGUCAGAUAACGAACAGAUCGCACUACAGGGCAUUGAGUUUUGGUCCAAUGUCAGUGACGAGGAAAUCGAUCUUGCGAUAGAGGCGCAGGAGGCGGCUGAAACUGGUCGUUUGCCGAAUCGCGUCUCGAAGUACUACGCCCGAGGUGCCCUACAGUAUCUUGUACCGGUACUGAUGGAGAAACUGACGCAUCAAGAAGAGUUCGACGAUGAGGACGAUUGGAACCCGGCUAAAUCGGCGGGCGUGUGUCUGAUGCUGCUCGCUACGUGCUGCGGCGAAGAGAUUGUUCCACAUGUGUUGCCAUUCGUGAACGCAAAUAUAAAAUCGACCAACUGGCGGUUCCGGGAUGCGGCCGUGAUGGUGUUCGGUUCGAUAUUGAGUGCCCUGGAGACAGACCGUUUGAAACCAAUGUUGGAACAAGCGAUGCCAACGCUUAUUGAGCUAAUGUACGACGAAAGUGUAAUUGUGCGUGACACAUGCGCCUGGACAUUCGGACGCAUCUGUGAGGUUAUCCCGGAAGUGGCGAUCAAAGAGAUGUAUCUUGAGCCACUACUGAAGGCUCUGCUGGAUGGACUCAAGGCCGAACCUCGUGUGGCAACAAAUGUCUGCUGGGCGUUCACUGGUCUGUCGGAUGCGGCUUAUGAGGCGGUCAACAUCGACGAUGAUCCACCGCAGACCUACUGUCUGUCUAAGUACUUCGACUUCAUCAUUACCAGCUUGCUCGAAGCAACCGAUCGACCAGACGGUGGUCAAGGCAAUCUUCGCUCAUCUGCCUACGAAGCAUUGAUGGAGAUGGUCAAAAAUUCGCCUCUUGAUUGUUACGUAUCGGUGCAGCGUACUACGAUGGUGAUCCUGGAGCGCAUAAACCAUGUGUUGCAGAUGGAAUCACGCAUUUCUUCGCACAGCGACCGGCAUCAGUUCAAUGAUCUGCAGUCGUUGCUGUGUGCUUCGCUCCAGUCGGUUUUGCGCAAGGUAGACGCCAAGGACGCACCGCAAAUUUCGGACGCCAUCAUGGUGGCUUUACUAACGAUGUUCAGUUCUAGCUCCGGCAAAGUAUGUGGAGUUCAGGAAGAUGCGUUGAUGGCUGUUUCUACGUUAGUCGAUCUGCUCGGCGAGGACUUUAUCAAGUAUAUGGAUGCAUUCAAGGAGUAUCUGUACAUGGGUUUGAAAAGCCAUCAAGAGUAUCAGGUGUGCUGUACGGCAGUUGGUCUCGCCGGUGAUAUUUGCCGUGGCUUGAAGAGUAAGAUUCUGCCCUACUGUGACGACAUCAUGACGCUGUUGCUCGAAAAUCUUAGUAAUCCGAAUCUGCACCGGAGCGUGAAACCACAAAUAUUAACCGUCUUCGGCGACAUGGCGCUAGGUAUCGGGCCGGACUUUAAGAAGUAUCUGAAUGUUGUGCUGCCGAUGUUAGGAGCCGCUACACAGGUGCAAAUCGACCAGCACGAUUACGACAUGAUCGACUAUUUGAAUGAACUGCGCGAGAGUGUGCUGGAGGCUUAUACUGGUAUUGUACAGGGGCUCAAAGGAUCCGAUAAAACACCGCUGGAAGAUGUUACCGCACUUCUGCCCAAUGUUCCGUUCAUUAUCAGCUACAUUAUCUCGAUCGCAAAGGACUCGGAACUAUCGGAUGGUAACAUUGCGAUCGCAGCAGGACUCAUCGGUGAUAUGUGUGGAGCGUUCGGACCGAUGAUGUUACAGUUUGUGGAAGAUUCAAGCAUUACGGAGCUGUUGAAUGAUGGCAAAAACUCACGCACAGCACGGACGAAAACACUUGCAACAUGGGCACUAAAGGAGAUCAAGCGGUUGAAGAAUCUACCCGUGAACACGAGUUGCAUUAAUGGCAACACAAUUAACUACGCCAACAGUAGCGGCACUACACCUACGACCACCGUUCCAGCAACUUAA